CGUCCGCCGCUGUCUCUACGAAUCUUCAAGAGCUACGGUGGCCACCGAAACAAAAAUGAAAAUGGUCUCUGGUCCAGUUUCGCUUGUUCUUUCUCUACCCAAUUUCGCAUGUUCCCAGUAGUCUCUCUCUUCUCUUUUGCGGGAAAAUUUCAUCCUUGAAUCUCCAGGGUUUCAUUUAUCUCCUCUGAUAUCGAUUUGAAUCAUCUGCUCUCCGGUAUUUUCUCAUCUCCGUUUCAUCCCCUGUAAAACCCUCGUAUUCACCGACGAAUCCUCGCAAAAUUCGGCAUUUUUAUCGCAAUCGGCGGCUCCGUAGGCAAUCCCGGUUGUUCUCAUGCAAAUCCCGCAUCUGGGUUCUCAUCCAAUUGUUCGGAAACAUCGGUCUGGUUUAUCCGCGUUCAGCUUUAGGGUUUUGCUAGAUCAUUUGAAUUUUUGCAAUCUGGGUUAGGCUAUCGAAGCUGUCUCGUUGAGCUUUGAAUCUUCCGCCAUGGACGACGGCGAGGUUGAUUUCUCGCAGCAGGAAGUGUUCUCCAGCACAAACAUGCCGGAGAUUCCGACCAGCGGCUCGAUGGACAGUUUCUUCGACGAGCUGCUCAGAGAUAGCCAUGCGUGUACUCACACGCACACCUGCAACCCACCUGGUCCCGAUUACUCCCACACUCAUACUUGCUUCCAUGUGCAUACCAAAAUCGUCUCGGGUUCGUCAGAUGAUAAGCAUGGCAGCGAUGACACUGCUGAAUCCGUGGAUAAGAAGUCAAAGAAGCGGCCUUUGGGCAACAGGGAGGCAGUGAGGAAGUAUAGAGAGAAGAAGAAGGCGAGGGCUGCGUCUUUGGAGGAUGAAGUUGUGAAAUUGAGGGCUUUGAACCAGCAGCUGAUGAAGAGGGUACAAGGGCAGGCUGCGUUGGAGGCAGAGAUUGCCAGGCUUAAGUGUUUGCUUGUUGAUAUUCGAGGAAGGAUCGAGGGGGAGAUCGGGUCUUUUCCCUAUCAGAAACCUGCUGCUACUGCUAACUUGAAUUUAACCAAUCCAAGUGGGCAGGGUGCUUAUGUGGUGAACCCUUGUAACAUGGUAUGUAAUGAUCAAGCGUAUUGCUUGCAUCCUGGGAUGGAUGAUGGGAAAAGAUUAGCAGAAGGUGUGGCUGUAAAUGGGCAAGUCUACACUGGUUGUGACUUUGAGAAUCUUCAGUGCAUGGUGAAUCAGAACUCUGGCUUCAACGAUUUUUCGGUCUGUGGUGUCGGGAAUGCCGUUGCUGCAAAUGGAAGUUUGCCUGGCUCAAGCAAGAGAAAAGGUGCUUGA